AUGGAAGUCUUGGGAGCCUGGUCAGCCUGUAGUGAGACGUGUGGUAACGGUACGAGAAGCCGUAAACGUGAGUGUACCACUCCCAUUCCAGCUGGCAGUGAAGAAGCUUGUUAUGGUGGCGAAAUCUGCACAGAAACUUGUUUUAUCCGUCAUUGUCCAAGUAAGUCUAAUUUCCUUGCUUUUAUGAUAUAUGUAGUAGAAAACGUCAUAUAACUUAAAAGAGUAUUUCUAUCAGAACAAAUGAAAAGUGAAGAAAGUAAAAACCCAAAGUCGUGCCUGAGUUUGUUUGGUUCAACCGUGCGAAAGUCAGUGUCGGACUGUGAUGGGAAGCUGAAAUCAUACGUAGGGUUUGUUGAUAUUUAAGGACGUAAGAAACUGUUUCACACCUAGUCUUUAUGACACUUUGGUUAUUGUAAUCCAUCCAAAAAGUACGGAAAUCUUAUUUUUUGUAUCUUGUUAUUUCAUUGUCUCUAGUUCCCGGCAAUUGGUCUACCUGGAGCGAUUGGUCUUCUUGCAGUGAAACAUGUGGCUAUGGUACAAGGGUUCGUACACGUUCCUGUAACAAUCCCGCACCAGCCCACGGUGGAGCCACUUGCCAAGGUGACACAAUCAAUACAGAUGCCUGUUUUGUUCGCCUGUGUCCAAGUAAGUUGAUUUUUAACUACCUAUUGUUUCGAAAACAAUAUAUAGGGGAGUUAAUCCCGGAUUCGCGUCCCGCUCUGGCCACUCGAUGGAUUUGCUCUUGCUCGUUCCUAGUUCAAAACCUCGGCCAUGCUUAUGUUCUCGGUUUUCACCUGAUGUCACCAAUAUUCAGACUAAGAAACUAUCGACUCUUCUGAGUUUCUACUUUCAUGACGUAUUACAACAUUUAAACACCUUAAUUCAAUCAAAUAUUCGAAUCGAAAGGGUUCGUUGUUUUCCGAAAGAGGACGCUUUAAUUUCCAGGUCCUUUGCGUGACGCGGCAUUAAUCUGGCGGCCGGGAAAGCUCUUAUGUGGGUUUAUAACAACGUUACCGAUUUUUUGAGAUUUUGCUAUCUGAACAUUCUUUGUCUCGGUAUAAAUAUUACUUUAAUCUUUAUGAGAACCUAACCGUUUCGAAACCAUUUCUGGUGGUUAACCUCAUCAAUACCCAACUAACCGAGCUUUUUUUUAUUCAUUUUAGCGACAUCACCACCUACUACGACAUUAAAACAAACCACAACGUCACCUUCUGAAACGACUAAGCCCCCAAGCACCACAGCGUCGCCAGAUACUACAACAUCAUCUGUCCAAACGACAGGUAGAGAUACCAACCUAAAUUGAUCCGGCUCUAUUUCCGCCGCUCUCCCCUCGGUUCAGGGGAGGGCGCGGUCUCAUUUACCGAACAGCGGCUAGUAAUGGAGCCUACUAAAUUACUUUAAUCGUCACGAGUUUCUCAAGCGAGGAAUUCACGCAUUAAUAGGAAAGCUCGAAAACAGAUGUUUUUGUUGGUUUCCGUCGGCCAUAUUUGUGCCCUUCGAAGGGACACCAAGAUGGCGUCUCCAUUUCCGAAUAUCUGGCAUAUGAAAUACCGCACAGACCUGCUUCUUGGCCAGGAUUUUUGCAUAUUUAUCUUCUUUCAUUCCCCGAUUCUGGACUUUCUGCAUUAAAUAGUUUGCAUUUUUAUUUUUUGGCAAUAGUCCCUGCAUGAGCAUUGAUAUUAGGAGCUGUCAGAACAGUAAGUGAUGAAUCUCUAAAAGACUCUGUACGACAACGACUGUCGUCUUAAGACUAUAUUUUUCCUCAGAUUAUUUUCAGAGUCUGUUUCUGCCAUAAGGAGACUGUGGUUGGGUGGCCUCUUCAAUCUAAUGAGAUUCAAUGGCGGAGACGUGGCAUUUGAAACUUAGACGAUCGUGUCUCCGUCCACAGCACUAUCAUGAAACCACACAAAUAAAGUGUUAUUUUCAAGUAGAUUAUUUAUCGAGAAAUUAAUCAUAAUUGACAAAUGAUAACAGGUGAAUUAGCUUUUAUUUUUCCUCCACAGCACCCCCAGCAACUUCAUCAACAGUCCCACCAACUUGCGAUUCACUGCGACCAGGUAUCGAAUAUGUUAAAAAUAGGUAACUCUGCCACCGUAUACUCCUAUCUACAAUGAUGCACAACUAAACUGUUUCUGUGUUUCUCAUCAAAUUAGUUAAUGGAGUACCGAUGUCUUGGGGAGCCUGGUCAGCCUGUAGUGAGACGUGUGGUAACGGUACGAGAAGCCGUAAACGUGAGUGUACCACUCCCAUUCCAGCUGGCAGUGAAGAAGCUUGUUAUGGUGGCGAAAUCUGCACAGAAACUUGUUUUAUCCGUCAUUGUCCAAGUAAGUCUAAUUUCCUUGCUUUUAUGAUAUAUGUAGUAGAAAACGUCAUAUAACUUAAAAGAGUAUUUCUAUCAGAACAAAUGAAAAGUGAAGAAAGUAAAAACCCAAAGUCGUGCCUGAGUUUGUUUGAUUCAACCGUGCGAAAGUCAGUGUCGGACUGUGAUGGGAAGCUGAAAUCAUACGUAGGGUUUGUUGAUAUUUAAGGACGUAAGAAACUGUUUCACACCUAGUCAUUAUGACACUUUGGUUAUUGCAAUCCAUCCAAAAAGUACGGAAAUCUUAUUUUUUGUACGUUGUUAUUUCAUUGUCUCUAGUUCCCGGCAAUUGGUCUACCUGGAGCGAUUGGUCUUCUUGCAGUGAAACAUGUGGCUAUGGUACAAGGGUUCGUACACGUUCCUGUAACAAUCCCGCACCAGCCCACGGUGGAGCCACUUGCCAAGGUGACACAAUCAAUACAGAUGCCUGUUUUGUUCGCCCGUGUCCA